UGAAGGGGCGCUCGAGGCCGAGUAGACUUGGAUGGCGGAUUGCAUGUGCCAUUGUUGUUGGUAUAUGAAGAUUGCGCAGAUCGGGCGGUGAAGCUCAGGGGCAAUCGUCCCAAUCAUUGCAGGUCCUCAACAGUUUUGGGGACACAUGGACACACAUACGCACUGCUGAGAUUCUCACGAUGAUUGCUCGGGCUUAAGCCCUUCGGCCCUUCCUGAAAAAUCGUUGCAAUGGCGACCCGGUGUCGAUCCAGCUGUCCAUCCAGAUGCCUGGCACCGGUGGGCCGGCCGGACCGACAUCCAGGUGAAGCACUUGGACCCAGCGGGAUGCAGAAAGAUCAUCCUGGAGAAGACGGACGCCAGAGGUUCUUCACGGCAUGCAGGACUGCAGCAGCGAACUCCGAAGGUUUUCUAGUGCUUCCGCUUCAACCGCGGCAAGCGUGGGCUGCAAUGAUGCGUUGGAUACUUGAAGUCUCUAUGGAGAUUGAUGAAGAGGACCGGUCUACAUCAGUGACUCCGCCAAGCACCUUCUGCUGAUGGUGCUUGGCUGAAGGUUGUACCAGUCGACGCGACGUCAACUCGAAAGCGAGGCUGUGAGGCCCGCCUUGGACGAUGUCUCUGUGGAUGCCCAGCACUCGAAGGCCACCUUGACAUGAAGAUCAUGAGGAUUUACGUGGUUUUGGGCUUGCUGAGUGCAGCUGAAGCUACGACACGACUCAGUAUGUCGUGAUUGAGAGUUUCAGAAAUUCUGACUGCAGUGGAAGCCUCACAGCCACGACCGCAAACGUGCCCGGUCGAUGUGGUGUUGUUCAGGGACGUGGAUGGUCGUAUGAGGAAGCAAUGAUUAAACUCAAUGGACAGGAGAUUUCUAU